CGAAUUCGAAACACAACCAGUCGAAUCAGUUUGGAGAGAAACGAAAGAGAAAGUACAUGUUUGCAUGGCGGUUUUACGAAACUGGAAUGAAUGUCCUAAGGACGAGAUUAGACAUUAUGUUUUGGACUUUUGGAGGUCUUAUCCUAGCACUUUUAUGCUUAGGUGUGAAUGGAUCAAAGUCUGUUCAUGAUUUGCAGUGGCUUCCUUGUCAGUUUGUGGAUGAGAAAGUUCAUAUAAAUGAAGACGGCCACACGGAAACCAAGUAUAUUCACAGAGAGGCUGUGCUUCAAUUUGGUAAUGUCGGUGACAGCCCUUUACAUCCUACUAUUACCUUCCUCAUCACAGGCUCUAAAGUGGAUAUGAGGCGUUAUUUGGAGGGAGAUGAGGAUGCACUACAAUGUGAGAUUCGUAGAUACAGCACUGGAGGGAUUGUGCUGCGCUGGCCUAUUACAGGAGCGCAAGAUUAUGACGUCUGGUUCACCUGCACGAUUCGCCAUACAAAAGGCUUGUUCAUAAUCACCACCUUCCUCAGACACACACCUGCAACUCCUGCCCAAGGACAGGUGGACUAUCUUCAAUGGAUAACAGUUAAUGACAGGGAUCUCCUGACAACAUCAGCUGCGAUGGUUGUUUUGACCCGGACACCCUCUGUGGAGGUGGGAUUCUUGAAGGAGCCAAACCUGCACUGUCAGUUUGCAGUGGAUCAUAAACUUCCUAAUACAACAGUGGAGUGGAGACUGCAGCGACACGGGGAGCGCAGCAAACUCUUUAGCUAUUCCAGCCGCACAGGGAAGAGUGAAGGCAGCGGAGUGGCUGUCAAGGCCAUUGCCGCUGGAAACAUCUCCUUCAAACUUCCACCCACUAGAAAACUCAGUGAGGGCACAUAUAUCUGCUCUGUGAUGGUUCCUCCUCUCUACGGCAGCCAUGAUAUUCCCCUUACCCUAAGUGAACAACCCCGUGUGUCUCUGAACGUGGGCUCUAUCUUGUCUAUAACACUCGGUACGGACCAGAAGCUAAUAUGCGAUGCAGAGGGGUACUAUCCUCUGGAUGUAAACAUUGAGUGGUACCGUGAACCGGUCGGGGGCAGCCCUACACCUUUGUUCCUGAAGAAUGUUCUGUAUUCAAGUCAUCGCCUUCAUCAAGAUGGCACAUACUCGCUCUCAGCCUUCUUCCUUCUGCAGCCUACCAUGGAGGACUCUGGAUAUAAGUACACGUGCAGAGUUUCCCAUAAAUCCUUGCUCACUCCCAUCCGCAAAAGCUUUAGCCUCAUAGUUACAGAACCUGACUCUACCAUGUGGUAUGUCACAGUCAUUGGAUUUAUAAUUUCCAUGCUAGUAAUUCUUUGUUAUGUGCUGCCACAGUUUCUUGCAGGACGAAAAGCAGCAAAAAAGAGGUUUUGAGAGCUCAUGCCUGAGGUUUUAAAGUACGGCGUCAUGGAAACAGACAACACAUCCCUCCCUCCCUCCCUCCGUCUGUCUCUCUCUCCUCUCAUCCCGGCCAUCUCCUGCUGCUGCCUUUGCCAAGAUCAGGUGCUCUUCAUGGGAAAAUGAGGAGUGCGUUGUGAGAUGUAAUUCCAGAUAUCAUGGUUUAUGUCCUUGUUGACUAUGGCUGAUAAGGCACUGUGGCUCUCCAAAAACUGAAGAAGAAUUUUAUCAUUGCUUUUUGGGUUGAAUCAUUUUUCUGCAUCUGUAAAUAAUGUCAGUUUGACAAAGAAUUCAUGAAUGCAAAGUGCACUGUUGAUUUUGAUCAUUUUGAGUUAUAAAUUAAAAAAUAAGUGGGGAAAAGUAGUGCAUUUCAGUUGCACAAAUCAAAUUAAAAUAAAAUAUGCCUCUGAUUCUUGAAAGAAUGUACUUGAACUUUAAUUUUAAUAUGUGUAAAAAUUAGGAUAUAAAUAAAAUCUGUGUGUUGAAUAUUAAA